AUGUUAUCGUUUUACAUUUAUCUUGCAAUAUUUCUUCUUAAAUAUCAAGUUUAUUCUGUUCCAACAUGUAUCAUUAUUGAUACAAAUUCAAUUCAACAAAAUGAAGAUGAAAUAUCAUCAUUAUCAUCAAAUAAUCAAUCAUCAUCAUCAAUAUUACUUCGAAAUUUACGUUUACUUAAUUCUAAAUAUUCACCUACAUUACCAGAUUUUGCUAUUCAAUCAGUACCACUUUCUUAUAUUGAUCUCAAACAAACACCAUUACCACCAUUAAUUGAUAUAGAUGAAGCAAUUUUUAAAAAAACAUUAACAGAACCAAUUAUUGAACGAACAUUUUCUCCAUGUACUUUAGAAACACUUGAUAAACUUGAAAAACAAAUGGUCAUCCCAUUUGAAUUUCGACGUUUACGUAUUGAAAAACCGGAUCAUAAUACAAAAUAUCUUGAUGAUGAUUUACAUGAAACUGCACCAGAUCUAUCUACAACUGUCUAUGAAAGACGUUCAGAUCCUGAAGGGGUUCAUUUUUGUCGUACUUGUCGUGAUGGUUUUUGGACUGAAUUAACAGUAUGUGAUACUGUUCGAUGUGAUGCCGAAUUAUUACGAGCUAAUCCACGUUUAGUAACAGAUUGGGGUGAAAUAAAACCAACUGACGGUGGUGCACUUUAUGCCCCGUCAACUAUUUUUGCUAUCUAUCCAUUUGCUUUUGGACCACAUUGUAAACGAUGUGAAUCAAAUGGACAAUGGAGUCGUUAUGCUUUAUCAGAAUUUUGUUCCGAAAUAAAAUUUUUCGGAUAUUCAUUACCAUCAACAACAACAGUUGAAAAAAAUAUUCUUCCAAAAAUAAAACAAACUACAACAACAACAACAUCAUCAAUUAAAUUGUAA